CUGCCCUUUGUGGUUUGUCCGUGGCAGUGUGCAUGGCACUGUUCCUGCCCAUGGAAGAGCCGUCCGUGGCAGGAGCAGUGCUUAAGUGCCUGCCCAUAGUGUGCCUGUUGGGGUUCCUGGCACAGUGGAGCGGGGAUCCAGGGGCAAGGCAAAGUGCAAGAUGGCACUGUGCUGCUCUACUGCUGGGUGAUGUCUGUCUGGUGUGGCCGAAAGAGUUGUUGGCGCCAGGUGUGGUGUUCUUCGGGUUAGCACAAGUAAGCUAUGUGAUGAGCCUGGGGUUCCAGCGUGUGAACUGGAGGUUGGGGUUGGCACUGCACCUGGGCAGCCUGCUGGCCAUGGCACUCUUACUGCCAUUAAUCCCCAGCCUGGCACUCAAGUUCCUCCUCACUGGCUACUCUAUCCUCCUCACCACCAUGGGCUGGCGGGCACUUGACAGAGCGAGGUUGGUGCACGAGGUGUGUGGUGCACAGCGGGCGUGCACUCUUGGAGGUGCUGUCGCCUUCUGGGUCUCUGAUGCCAGCAUCGUGAUACUGCAGUUGGGGCAGUUGAUACCUCACAAAUAUGCCCAGGCUGUCAUCCUUUCCACCUACUACAUUGCCCAGCUGCUGCUCACCCUGGGUGCUGCCCAGAAAUUCUGGGCAGGAACCACUGCCUCUCACACCAGUGUUACCUCUACUGCCUCCUCCCCCUCCUCCUCCUCCUCCAAGGCUCGUAUUGCCUCCGUCAGGCAUGGCAGCUCCUCCGUCAAGAAUAACAUUCCCUCUGUCAGGAGUAACACCUCCUCCGUCAAGAGUAGAAUCCCCUCCUCCAGAAAGUCAAGGUAACUCAGUAUUCAUCUCAAGUCUACCGCACAGACAUUGUAUAAGUCUUUAAGAAGCGUCAUCAGUAUUCACAGGUGCACGCAAAAAUACAACGAGGGGGAACAAAGAUAAUACCUAUUUAGAUUCCGCCCUGAGAUCUUCAGACCUUAAAAUUAGAGCAAAAGCACAAAACAGGUCAGCUUUUACGAACACAGGAAAGUUUGUAAAUUAAAGAAGAAAUACCUGAACUUAGUUAAUGAUGGUACAAUAUAGUUAUUGACGGUAUGACUUAGUUAAUGGUGGUAUGACUUAGUUAAUGAUGGUAUGACUUAGUUAAUGAUGGUAUGACUUAGUUAAUGAUGGUAUGACUUAGUUAAUGACGGUAUGACUUAGUUAAUGAUG